AUGUCGCAAGCGGAAGAGAUUUACUGUUCCGAUGGUUCCAAACCCAUCUAUCAACAUCAUCCAGUUGCGGCUGUCAUUGGUGCUGCCAGUAGUCAAGUUUCUGUUAUGGUGGCAUCUAUGCUGCAGCUAUUUAAAGUGCCACAAAUAAGUUAUUCGUCGACAGGCACUGAACUUAGCGAAAAGCCGAGGUUUGCUUACUUUUCACGUGUGGUACCACCAGAUAAUUUCCAAGCUACUGCUAUGGCGCAUGUGGUUUCGGCACUAGGUUGGAGUUAUGUGCAUGCGAUCGCUGUAACUGGGGCUUACGGAGAACGAGGGAUCGAUUCUUUUCGUGCUGCAGCUGCUGAACUUGGUGUAUGUAUUGAUGGUGAUGUCCAUAAAGUUAAUCGACGAUGGACAGAUAUUCAAUUCAA